AUGACUCUCGGCCCCAUCAUAAAUAUAACUAAUGUUCAGGGUUCAGUAACGGGAGACCAGAGCCUCAAUCAGAGCCGUACUCAGUGUACCUUCAACAUCGACCUCAAGUCCACCUUCCUCAAUCUUGCCUUCUUCACAUUCGACUUUUCCAAACUCCUCAAUUCCACCCUCCUCAAUUUUACCCCAUUUAAUUCCACCCUCCGUAGCCUCCUCAGUUCCACCCUCCUCAAUUCCAGCCCCUUUAAUACCACCAUAAUUCCCCUCCUCAAUUCCUCCCUUAUCGAUGCCACUGUAGGAAAUUACACCCUCCUCGACCUUGUCAAAUCUAAUGCCCUUACUCCUCCCAGCAUCUUAGAUUCCCCCAUUCCUAGUCUCUUCGGAAAUUAUUAUCUCUCUUCCUCCAUCCUUGAUUCGUCCCCAAUCAAUGCCAUCAAUAAUAUCUUCCCUUCUAACCUUCUUAACUACCUCAAUUAUACCCUCUUCAAUUCCCCCUUCAAUUCCGUCACUUCUGCCGCACGAUCCACCGUUAUCACUCUACUCAAUUCUACCAUCCAAAACUCCCCGUUCUCCAGUUACACCCUCCGUGACCUCCUCAAUUCCACCCUCCUCAGUGUACCUGCCCAGCUGCCUUUCAACAUCACCAUCCUUAAUGGGACCACAAACGGAACACAACUGGGAAAUGCAUCUACAGUAUUCAGCUCCAAUGAACCACUGGACCUGGCAAAUCCAAGGAGCAAUGUUCCAGUCCCAGUGCCGAUAUUUGAUUUACAAUAA